GAAAGCCCUGCCUGAAGAGGUAGCAGCUUAGAUUGUCACUCCAUUCAGCCCCGCAUCCGAUCACAUCUGUCACUCCGGGUCUGAGGGGGCGGGGUCUAGAACGUUAUCUAAUAAGAGACGCUGAUCUGGGAACCAUCCAAUCGGGCACGCAGCUGGAGCGGACAGGGCAGCUUCCGGGAUAUGGCGGGGGCCUUUGUCUCUAGCUGAAGCCGGAGCUCCGUGUCUCUUCAUUUCUGUGUCCUCUGCGCCUAGAGGCCCAGCCUCUGUGGCUCUGUGACCUUCAGGUAUUGGGAGAUCCACAGCUAAGACGCCGGGAACCCCUGGAACCCUAGAAAUGGGACUGCUGACAUUUAGAGAUGUGGCCAUAGAAUUCUCUCUGACAGAGUGGCAAUUCUUGGACACUGCACAGCGGAAUUUAUAUAGGAAUGUGAUGUUAGAGAACUACGAAAAUCUGGUCUUUCUGGGUAUUGCUGUCUCUAAGCCAGACCUGAUCACCUGUCUGGAGCAAGAAAAAGAGCUCUGGAAUAUGAAGAGACAUGAGAUGGUGGAUAAACCCCCAGUAAUGUGUUCUCAUAUCAUCCAAGACCUUUUGCCAGAGAAGAACAGAGAAGAUUCUUUUCAUAAAGUUACACUGAGAGAUGAAAAAUAUGAACAUACAAAUUUUCUGUUAAAAGAAGGCUGUAAAAGUGUGGAUGAGUGUAAGGUGCACAAAGAAGGUUAUAAUGAACUUAACCAAUAUUUUCCAACUAUGCAGAGCAAAAUAUUUAAAUGUGAUAAAUGUAUGAAAGUCUUUUAUAAAUUCUCACAUUUAAAUACACAUAAGUUAAGACAUACUGAUAAGAAACCUUUCAAAUGCAAAGAAUGUGGCAAGUUAUUGUGUAUGCUUUUACACCUAACUCAACAUAAAAAAAUUUAUACUACAGUGAAUUUUUAUAAAUGUGAAGAAUGUGGCAAAGCUUUUAACUAUCGCUCAGCCCUUACUACACAUAAGAUAAUUCAUACUGGAGAGAAACCUUAUAAGUGUGAAGAAUGUGGCAAAGCUUUUAAUCGGUUUGCAAACCUUACUAGACAUAAGAGAAUUCAUUUUGGAGAGAAAAUCUACAAAUAUGAAGAAUGUGGCGAUACUUUUAAUCAAUCCACAAACCUUACUACAUAUAAGAUAAUUUAUACUGGCGAGAAACCUUACAAAUGUGAGGAAUGUGGCAAAGCUUUUAACUAUCGCUCAACCCUUACUACACAUAAGAGAAUUCAUACAGGAGAGAAACCUUACAAAUGUGAAGAAUGUGGCAAAGCUUAUACAGAACCCGCAACCCUUAAUAGACAUAAGAAAAUUCAUACUGGAGUAAAACCAUACAAAUGUGAAGACUGUGGCAAAGCUUUUACAUACUCUGCAACACUUACUAGACAUAAGAUAAUUCAUACUGGAGAAAAACCAUACAAAUGUGAAGAAUGUGGCAAAGCUUUUAACAAAUCCUCAAUGCUUACUGCACAUAAUAGAAUUCAUACUGGAGAGAAACCCUACAAAUGUAAGGAAUGUGACAAAGCUUUUAACCAAUCCUCAAAACUUGGUAAACAUAAGAAAAUUCACAAUGGAGAUAAAACCUACAAACAUAAAGAAUGUGGCAAAGCUUUUAAUCAGUCCUCAAAGCAUACUCCACAUAAGAUAAUUUAUACUGGUGAGAAACCCUACAAAUGUGAAGAAUGUGGCAAAGCUUUUAACUAUCGCUCAAACCUUACUACACAUAAAAGAAUUCAUACUGGAGAGAAACCUUACAAAUGUGAAGAAUGUGGCAAAGCUUUUAACCGGUUUGCAAACCUUACUAGACAUAAGAAAAUUCAUACUGGGGAAAAACCCUGCAAAUAUAAAGAAUAUGGCAAAGCUUUUAAUCAGUCCUCAAACCUUAGUACACAUGAGAUAAUUUAUACUGGUGAGAAACCCUACAAAUGUGGAGAAUGUGGCAAAGCUUUUAACUAUCGCUCAACCCUUACUACACAUAAGAGAAUUCAUACUGGUGAGAAACCCUACAUAUGUGAAGAAUGUGGCAAAGCUUUUAACCAGUUUGCACACCUUACUAGGCAUAAGAGAAUUCAUACCGGAGAGAAACCCUACAAAUGCGAAGAGUGUGGCAAAGCUUAUACGGAACCUGCAAUCCUUACUAGACAUAAGAAAAUUCACACUGGAGAAAAACCAUACAAAUGUGAAGACUGUGGCAAAGCUUUUACAUACUCUGCAACCCUUACGAGACAUAAGAUAAUUCAUACUGGAGAAAAAGCAUACAAAUGUGAGGAAUGUGGCAAAGCUUUUAACAAAUUGUCAAUGCUUACUGUACAUAAGAGAAUUCAUACUGGAGAGAAAGCCUACAAAUGUAAAGAAUGACAAAUCUUUUAACCAGUCCUCAAAACUUGGUAAACAUAAGAAAAUUCAUACUGGAGAGAAACCCUACAAAUAUGAAGAAUGUGGGAAAGCUUGUACACACUCUGCCACCCUUACUAGAAGUAAGAUAAUUCAUACCGUAGAGAAACCAUACACAUGUGAGGACUGCGGCAAAGCUUUUAACAAAUCCUCAAUGCUUACUGCACAUAAGAAAAUUCAUACUAGAGAAGAACUGUACAAAUGUGAAGAAUGUAGCAAGCUUUUAACUAUCACUCACAUCAUACUACACAUAACAGAAUUCAUACUGGAGAGAAACCAUACAAAUGUGAAUAAUGUGGCAAACUUAACUGAUUCUCAACCCUUACUAAACACAAGAUAAUACAUACUGGAGAGAAAUUGUAUAAAUGUGUAGAAUGUGGCCAAGAUUUCAACUGAUCCUCAGCACUUAUGGAACAUAAGAGAAUUCAUAUUGGGGAGCAACUUUACAAACGUGAAGAAUGUAACAAUGCUUUUAAUCAAUCUGCAAACGUUAACCCUAAGAAAAUUUAUACCAGUGAGAAUAAAACCAGAAUGUGUGACAACAAUUUUAACAACACCUCAACCUUUUCUAAAUAUAAAAGUAAUCGUACUGGUGACAGAUCAUAGAAAUGUGAAGAAUGUGACGAAACCUUCAAAACGUCUGACUUAUUUUUAAGUAAGAUAAUUUUUACUGGAGAAAACACCUACAAGUGUAAACAAUAUUGUGAAACUUCUAAUUAAUGUUCACAACCUGUUGCACAGGAAUGCACUUAUACUUGAGAAAAAUUGUACAAAUAAAAAUUAUGUGAAAUAACCAUUAAUAUCUGAUCACAUCCUACUCAACAUUAGAGAGUUGGUAAAUAAAACGUAUAAAUGGAAUGACUGUAAUAUAUAUAUUACAAUUUCUAUAUGCCUUUA